AGUAAAUUGAUAAAUAGCUAACCAAAAAUUUUUAUGCUUGGUUUUAAUACAUUUCGUAUAACUUAAAUAUCGGUCAUACCCAAGAACAAUAUUCUAAAAGCUUAGAUUAAACACGAAAUGGCCGAUCAUUCUGAAUAUUAUAAGAAUCAAAUAGCUUUAGCUCGUACAGAAAUAAAAAAUCUCAGGCAACAAUUGACGUCUCUGAAGCACGAACACCAGAAGGAGAUAAAACUAAUUAAAGCAGCUCUUAACAGUCUCCGUUGUUCCGACUGUGCUGAAGCCGCCACAACAGCUUUGGUUAAUAAUGUAGAGGCAGAACGGUCUGAUGAUGACAUACAUUAUCAGCCUAUUGGAUCAAUAGAAACAUCAUUUCAAAACAAACGAGGUGUUCCUCGGCAACCUUCUGUUAUGAAGAAUGCAAGGGGAACUGUGGUAAUUGAUACUUCAGUAUUUAAUAACCCUGAGCAUGCUUUGAGCGGACUAGAGGAGUUUUCACAUAUGUGGAUAAUAUUCCACUUCCAUAUGACAGAAAGUACAAAUGCACCAGCUAAAGUUGCCCCACCAAGAUUGUGUGGAGGAAGGCAAGGUGUAUUCUCCACGCGUUCACCCCACAGACCUUGUCCGAUUGGGUUGUCACUUGUGAAGAUUCAUUCUAUUGAAGGUAACAAAAUACACUUUUUGGGCGUUGACAUGGUUAAUGGCACACCCGUUCUGGACAUAAAACCUUAUAUUCCACAAUACGACUACCCAUAUGAAGCAACAAGCUCUGUUCGACCACCGACAGAGGGAAUAAGCGAUGUGAUCGAUGACAUGGUGAAUGUUAAUAUUGGUGACCAUAGGUUAGACAUUGGAAGCUUAAGUUCCAGAAUUGCGACACCAAUCGAUAUCGAUUCUCCUUGUAGAAGUCCAUUUGAAGAUAUACCUUCACCAGAGUCAAGACUCAGCAACAUGCAAGCUCCACUAUCAGAAUUUCCGGACUCCUCAUCUAGUGUCGACCUCGUUGAUGGGAAUCCAAGGUCGCCUUUACGUAGGCCGGAUGCUGAACGCGGAGAUCCCGAUGGUCAAGAAAGGUUCACUCCACCGCAGUCGGCAAAUCAAAGUAUAAGGCACGACGGCAUAAGAGUGGCCGCUUGGAUAAACAACCCUGCUUCACAGAGAUACGACGUUAGAUUCACUGAUGAUGCACUGGUCCGUCUUCACGACCUAAUUGGGGAUAGAGCGGAUGCCUUCAAAAGUAACAUUGAAAGUCUUUUGUCUGAAGAUCCAAGGUCGAAUUACGUCAGAGGCAGGUAUCCGGAUCACGAAUACAGUUGUGUGUUAGAAGACCUGUCUAUUAGCUGCGUUUUCGAUAGAAAUUCGCAUGUUUGUAAUAUAAUCGCUGUGAGAAAUGCCGAAGAACUUCAGGAAAAUUAAAUACCUAUAUAGUUAAGAAUGUA